GAUGGAGGUGUGGCAAUCUCUGUGGCGCAGCACGUAAAGCCACUCUUCCGCCGCACACCUUCCGACGGACGCGGAGCAACCGGGUCAGCAGCCUGUCAUCUUCGGCAGUGCUGAAUGCCAAAAGACGGUGUUUAUUCCUACAGUUAUGUGCAGCAGUUUGUAUUUUUUUUGUCUCGUUCUGUACUGCGCUUCCCGGCCGAUAGCAGACAACCUCUCCUCUAAAAGAAAGGAAUUACAGUUUGCUAUCUGUAUCUGUCCGAAGUACCAUGUCUCGGCGUGUCGUCAUCACCGGCCUCGGGCUGAUCACUCCGUUAGGCGUCGGCGUCAAGCACUCAUGGUCAAGGCUCCUCGCCGGAGAAUCUGGCAUCACCUCAACAUUAACUCGGCCAGACAAAGCCUAUGAAUCAGUUCCCACCAAAGUCGCCGGUUUCGUUAGGGACGGACCCGGCGGAGUCGAGCAGGGCGAAUGGAAUACCUCUGAAUGGGUAUCUAAGAGCGAGGAACGACGAAUGGGGCGAUACUCCCACUUUGCCCUGUCCGUGGCCGAGCAAGCGCUACGAGAUGCAGAAUUUGUUGCAGAUACCGAGGCGUUGAAGAGACGGACUGGAGUUUGCUUCGGCACCGGAAUCGGUAAUUUGGACGACACUUAUGACAGCGCUCUUUCCUUUGACAAGGUGGGCUACAAAAAGGUCUCGCCGCUCAUGGUUCCACGUCUUCUACAAAAUAUGGCAUCUGGCUAUAUCUCCAUGAAGUACGGCUUCAAAGGACCGAUUCACUCAGUCACCACCGCCUGCACGACCGGACUACACUCCAUAGGCGACGCGUCCAGAUUCAUCAAAUUUGGAGAUGCAGACGUCAUGGUAGCCGGAGGUGCCGAGGCCUGCAUCUCGCCGUUCUCGCUCUCCGGAUUUGCGCGGGCAAAAAGCGUGUCUACUGAGUUUAAUGACAACCCCGCCGCUGCUUCUCGACCCUUUGACUCGGCGCGUAAUGGAUUCGUGAUGGGCGAAGGUGCUGGUGCGGUUGUUUUGGAGGAGUUGCAGCAUGCUCUAGAUCGAGGAGCAAAAAUCUACGGUGAGAUCGUCGGCUACGGACUCUCGGGCGACGCUCAUCACAUCACAGCUCCGCCGCCACGAGGUGAUGGAAUCCUACUGUCGAUGACGAGUGCUGUCAGACAGGCGGGAAUCCGACCGGCCGAUAUUGACUACGUUAAUGCUCACGCGACUUCGACGCCUCAAGGAGAUGCUGCCGAAAACGCUGCGAUCCGCCGUCUGAUGCUGGAAGGUGAAGAUGACGAAACGCCAGCUGAAUGGAAUGGGUUCAAGAAGCUGGACCCGCAAGAGAUUAAUAUAUCGAGCACAAAGGGAGCAAUCGGCCAUCUCUUAGGUGCCGCCGGAGCAGUCGAAACCAUUUUCUCGGUCCUGGCUAUGAAAGAUGGAGUCUUGCCGCCUACUAUCAAUCUGGAUAACAUUGAUCCUAAUCCAGACUUCACUUGUAAUUACGUUCCAAAUAAGGCCCAGAAGAAGGAUGUCGCAUAUGCAUUGAGCAACAGUUCUGGAUUCGGAGGAACAAACGCUACACUUUGUCUCUCGAGAGAUGUAUCAAUGUAAAGAAGAGCUAAUUCUAUUGCUAAUAAAGCAUGAUAUCAUACAAUAUUAAGCACCAGCCGACCCUCGCGUCAACCUUUGGCUGCCCUGACAAAUAUUUAAGUCAAUCAGCACAUCUCCAUCUAUGAUUUAUCAAGUUUAGGUCGAGAA